AUGUUAUUGUACUACUGUGAUAAUUGCAAACAAUAUACUAUGAAAACUGAAUGUCCACAAUGUAAUGGGUAUGUCCGUAGUGCACAUCCAGCUAAAUUUUCACCAGUUGAUCCAUAUUCAAAAUAUAGAAUUGCCACUAAAAAGGAGUUUGGACUUCUUCCUACAUCCACAAAGAAUUGA